CGAAAUGUCAAAUAAAUGUCAAAUUUGACGUACGGUUGGCAGCGACGGGUUCUUUCUUUUUCCGGUCUUGAAGAUGGUAAGAGUCGUUUCGAGUCGAGCUUCUUUCGCUGUGAUAUUUUGCUAGGAAAUAUGGGUAUCGAUAUCAAUCACAAGUGGGACCGUAAGGUUCGCCGUACCAAGCCAAAAUCGCUGGACGUGUACCUGCGGUUGCUGGUUAAGCUGUACCGCUUCCUGUACCGCCGGACGCACAAGAAGUUCAACAAGAUUGUUCUGCGUCGUCUGUUUAUGAGCAGAACCAACCAGCCCCCGAUUGCGCUGUCGCGAGUGUCGAAGCUGUUGAAGCUGCGCGGCAAGGACGAGUCGACGAUCGCCGUCGUGGUCGGAACCGUGACCAACGAUGACCGUCAGCUGUACGUGCCGAAGAUGGACGUGUGCGCGCUGCGUGUCACGGACAAGGCCCGCGAGCGCAUCCUGAAGUGGGGCGGUAAGAUCUACACCUUCGAUCAGCUGGCCCUGCUGGCGCCGACCGGAAAGAACACCGUGCUGAUGCAGGGAGCCCGCACCGCCCGUGAAGCGUUCACUCACUUUGGACGCGCCCCUGGCGUGCCCCACUCCAACACCCGGCCGUACGUCCAGUCCAAGGGACGUAAGUACGAGAAGGCUCGUGGUCGUCGCAGCAGCUGCGGUUUCAAGAAUUAAGCGGAGAAAGUGCGGAA